AUGAAGCUCCUCGACAUCAUUCUGGGCGCUAUAGCCGUCGGUUCCGCGUUGGCGGCACCGGCCGGCGACAAGCCUACACCAACAACGACCAAGACCAGCAAGAGGGCAAGCAAGUUCCAGUUCGUCGGCGUCAACCAAAGUGGUGCUGAAUUCGGAAACAAAGACCUGCCCGGACAGCUCGGCAAGCACUACACCUGGCCGGUACAGUCGACUAUUGACACUCUCAUCGGAAAGGGCUUCAACACUUUCCGGGUUCCCUUCAUGAUGGAACGGCUCGUGCCCAACAAGUUGACCGGCAGUGUCAACACCACAUACUCCCAAGGGCUUGAAAGCAUCAUCCGGUACAUCACCAGCAAGGGUGCCUAUGCCGUCGUCGACCCGCACAACUUCGGCCGCUACUACGACAAGGUGAUCACCGACGUAGACGGCUUCCGCGCCUGGUGGGCCACCACAGCCAAGCUCUUUGCGUCCAACGACCACGUCAUCUUCGACACCAACAACGAGUACCACGAUAUGGACCAGAACCUCGUCUUCCGGCUCAACCAAGCCGCCAUCGACGCCAUCCGUAGCGUCGGCGCCACCUCCCAGUACAUCUUUGUCGAAGGCAACUCGUGGAGCGGUGCAUGGACAUGGACCUCCUCGGGCAACGGCGCCUCCCUUUUGGGUCUGACCGACCCGCAAGACAAACUCGUCUACGAGAUGCACCAGUACCUCGACACCGAUGGCUCUGGAACCUCAACGAACUGUGUCUCUUUCACUAUCGGCGCCGAGCGGUUACGCGACGCCACGGCCUGGCUGAAGGCCAACGGAAAGAAAGCCGUGCUGGGCGAGACAGCUGGCGGCUCCAACGCGCAGUGCAUCAAGGCGCUGACGGGCAUGCUGAGCUAUAUGCAGAGCAACUCGGAUGUGUGGACGGGCUGGCUGUGGUGGGGAGGAGGACCGUGGUGGGGCGAUUAUAUCUAUGGGAUGGAACCGCCUAGUGGGACAGCGUAUAAGGGGGUUUUGCCCAGCUUGACGCCUUAUAUCUGA